GAUGUUGCUGCUGGACUAAAAAUGGCGGCGUGUGGCGGCGACGGCCGCGGUUCCUGCUUUCUCCCGUCCUCGCGCUGGGCGCUGCUCCUCUCGGCGGUUCUUCUGUGGGGCGGCGCCGCGCGGGCCCGCGUCCACCACCUCGUCCUCAAGAAUGACGUGCGGCAGAAAGUUCAUCUCAACACGUUUGGCUUCUUCAAGGAUGGCUCCAUGAUGGUCAACGUCCGCAACCUCUCCGUUGACAGGAACCACCUGGUGGGAUUCACUUUAGAUCGGACACGGAAUGAUGGAUUCUCCACUUACCUGGAUGAAAAAUUGGAUUAUUGCAUUUUGAACAGAACAUCACACGAUGUGUCUAUCAAAAUCCUACUUGUGAACUUCACAGACUAUAGUGUGAAAAUCAAGCCCAAAGUUGAAACUCCCCAGCUGCCCAAAAUUGUCUUUGCAAAUUGGACUGCGCAUUUGGGGGCUACUCCGGUCAAGGGCUCGCCUGCAGAGGAGCAGCCGCUUCAGGACACUGAGACGAAGCAGGCAACCCCCAAAAUGGUGACAGCAACCCAGGUGGCCGCUGAGGAAUCGCAUCCCUUCCAGAACAUAACAGGUGGCCUUUCUUUCCAGUUUCUCUUCAGCAUCUCGGAGAGCCAGGAAGGUCUUUACAGCCUCUAUUUCCACAAGUGCGUCAACAAGAAUGCGCUGAGCGAGCUUUUCAGCCUGGACAUAGAGAUUCAGGAGAAGAACCCUGGCAGCUACCUCUCAGCGGGAGAAAUCCCACUCCCCAAGCUCUACGUUUCAAUGGCCCUCUUCUUCUUCCUCUCUGGAGUCGUGUGGGUCCACCUCCUCCGGAAACGCAGGGCUGACGUGUUCAAGAUUCACUGGCUGAUGGCCGCUCUUCCUUUCACCAAGUCCCUUUCUCUGGUCUUCCACGCAAUCGACUACCACUACAUCUCCACGCAAGGCUUCCCCAUCGAAGGCUGGGCCGUGGUCUACUACAUCACUCACCUGCUGAAGGGCGCCCUGCUGUUCAUCACCAUCGCCCUCAUUGGCACUGGCUGGGCCUUUGUUAAGCAUAUCCUUUCCGAUAAGGACAAGAAGAUCUUCAUGAUAGUCAUCCCGCUGCAGGUCUUGGCGAACGUGGCCUACAUCAUCAUAGAGUCAACAGAAGAAGGCACAACAGAAUACAGUUUGUGGAAAGAGAUCCUUUUCCUGGUAGACUUGCUGUGCUGCGGAGCCAUCCUGUUUCCGGUUGUAUGGUCAAUAAGACACUUACAGGAGGCUUCUGCGACAGACGGUAAAGCUGCCAUCAACCUAGCAAAGCUGAAGCUGUUUAGACAUUACUACGUCAUGGUUGUGUGUUACAUUUACUUCACACGGAUCAUUGCCAUCUUCAUCAGGUUCGCAGUUCCGUUCCAGUGGAAAUGGCUUUAUCAGGUCCUGGAUGAAAUGGCCACCCUGGUGUUCUUCAUCCUAACCGGAUACAAGUUCCGGCCGGCCUCAGACAAUCCUUACCUGCAGCUCUCUCAGGACGACGAGGACGACUUGGACAUGGAGGCUGUGUAA